AACGCAGCCAGACAGAGCUGCGGGCUCACUGCGGGACGAAGGUGGGCGGUCGAGACGGGACGGGACGGGACAGCCCAGCCCAGCCCACAGCGACGCAGCGGCUCGGGGCUGCGGGAAGGGCUGAGAGCCCGGCCGGAGGGCAGGAGGACCAUGAUCGGCUGCAGGUCCUUGGAUCGUCCGCAGAAGGACGGAGACGGCAAGAAACUCGCUCUGAAAGCCUUCCAGAAAGUUGGACUGCAUGAAGAUGAUGAUGUGAAAUACAUGCUGAGAGGCAGCAAGUUAAGGAAAGUAAAGUCCAGUAAGUGGAAGAAGGAUCGCCAGAUGAAACUACAGGAGGACGGGCUGUCCAUCUGGUAUGAGUCCAGGAAUAAGCCUCCUACAUUCUCGGUGAUGGAUAUCCAGGAUGUCCAAGAGGGACACCAGUCGGAGGUGAUGACCAAACACGGCAGCAGCUUCUCGGAGAAACGUUGCUUCACCAUUGUGUUCGCGGGCAGCAGGAGCAGCCUGGACCUGGUGGCGGCCUCGGAGGAGGAAGGCAGGCGGUGGGUGCAGGGGCUGAAGAAACUGACCAGAAGAGUGGCAACCAUGAGCCAGCAGGACAAAAUCGAACACUUGAUUCAUCAACACCUGCACAAGGCUGAUAAAAAUAAUGACAACAAGAUCAGCUUUAAGGAAAUGAAAAAUAUGCUGAAAAUGAUCAAUCUGAAAGUAAAUGAUGAUUAUGUCAACUUUCUCUUUCAGCAAUGUGACAAGUCCAAGACAAACAAACUAGAAGAACAUGAGAUCGAGGAGUUCUGCAAGCUCCUGAUGCAGCGGCCAGAAUUGGAACAAAUCUUCCAGCAUUUCUCAGGCAAGGAGCAAAGGCUGACCAUUGAUGGGCUGGAACUUUUCCUGAAAGAACAGAAGGAGAUGGUUACGAAGGAAAAUUGUUUGAACGUCAUGCAGAAAUAUGGACUUCAUGAUAACGGCAAACUGAACCAGGCCUUGACCCUAGAUGGCUUCAUGAUGUACUUGCUGUCUCCUGAAGGGAACAUUUUUAACCCCGACCAUGACCAGGUCUACCAGGACAUGACCCAACCACUCAGCCACUACUUCAUUUCAACCUCUCAUAACACCUAUCUGAUGGAAGACCAGCUGGGAGGACCAAGCAGUACUGAGGCGUACAUCAGAGCUCUGCUGAGGGGCUGUCGCUGUGUGGAAUUGGACUGCUGGGAGGGGCCGAACGGAGAGCCAAUCAUCUACCAUGGAUACACCCUCACCUCAAAAAUCCUCUUCAAGAGCGUCAUCACAACGAUCCGGGAUUACGCCUUCACGGUCUCUCCGUAUCCUGUCAUCCUGUCCCUGGAGAACCACUGUGGCAAGGAGCAGCAGGCAGUCAUGGCCCGGCACUUGAAGGGAAUCCUCGGCGACAUGCUGGUCACGGCCACGAUCGAUGGUAAAGAUCCAAAGGAGCUUCCCUCACCUGAGGAACUCAAGCGGAAGAUUCUGAUAAAGGGGAAGAAGCUGAGGAACUCUGGGCCCACUGCAGUGCCGCAGGACGAAGCAGCAGACGACUGCGAAGAAGAGAAUGUGAAAAACGAAAAGAAAAACAAGAAGAAACUCACGAGGGAGCUGUCGGAUCUGGUGAUUUAUUGCCAGAGUACCCAUUUCCAGAGCUUUGAGCAGACCUGGAGUCGGCAAACUUGUCACGAGACAUCCUCCUUCUCCGAGACCAAGGCCAAGAGGUUGAUUGCUGAAAAUGGGUUCAGUUUUGUCACUCACAACACCUUGCAGCUGUCCAAGGUCUACCCGCUGGGUUCCCGAGUCGAUUCUUCCAACUUCAACCCUCAGGAGAUGUGGAAUGGCGGCUGUCAACUGGUGGCCCUGAAUUUCCAGAAGCCCGGAAUGGAGAUGGAUCUAAACAAGGGGAAGUUUCGACAGAACGGUCGGUCGGGCUACAUCCUGAAGCCCAGCUUCAUGAGGAACAGGAGCAUUCAGUUUGACCCCUCACGGCCCACGGAAGGGUCAGGCCUCGACAGGAAGCAGCUGAUCAUCGACGUUAUUACAGCUCAGCAGCUCCCUAAAGUGAAUAAGGACAAAAAGAACUCCAUAGUGGACCCCCUGGUGCGUGUGGAAGUGCACGGUGUGCCUGAAGAUAACGCCACAAAGAGGACAAGACACAUUGAAAAUAACGGUUUUAACCCGAUGUGGAAUGAAACGCUCCAGUUUACAAUCAGCGUUCCCGAGCUGGCGCUAAUCCGAUUCCUGGUCGAAGAUUACGACUCGUCUUCCAGCAACGACUUCAUUGGGCAGUUCACAGUCCCGUUCACCAGUGUGAAAGAAGGUUACCGCCACAUCCACCUGCUGGCCAGGGACUCCGCGCCCCUCUCACCCGCCACUCUCUUUGUCCGCGUCAGGAUUAAGAGCGUAUAGUGUGGAACGCGCUGAAAGACGGACUGAAUGAAGGAACUGGUGCAGAUGUGCCAGGCGCUGGGCAGUGGAGGCUGCAAUCAAAAUGACGGGACCUUCUGACAAUGUAUACAGUGAUAGAGUCCGUAUUGUAACACAGUAACGCAGGGGAGAGGCUUUAAACUAGAGGUACGUUGAUAGGUCAGAACAGCGAGUGGACCUGGUUCUGUUUGCAUGGGUGGUGCAGACUUUGAAAGCUCUCCCAUGUCCGAGAAUGUACUGGCUGAAGGGUGGGUGAGUAACGCCAAGCGUUUCGUUGCAUUUCCCAAAGCAACCUCCCCCAUUUCACAUCUCUCCAGAAGUUUGAUCAGAACGUCUCUCCGUGAGUUGUUCCCGUGGGUCAGAUGCAGGAAUCCCAGAUCAGAUCCCAGCUGCUCCAGGCGUGACCACUGGCAGUACUCCCUGCAGUACCACCGAUCUCAUCCUCGCCUUGUGACUAUCCUGGUCCCAGCAACCAACCCCACCCCCUGCCCUUUACUGAUCGCUCUUCUCCUUCCCCCAGGUCUGGCCAUGUGAUUGCAUUGGGCUUGGCUCACAAACAAACCCCCCCCCCCCAUCGGUGACCCUCUACCCACCCUCACCUAAAGGCUGCCAAUCUCCAGCCAGCUGAGCGCCCUGCCCCCUCAAUGUAUCUGCACUGUGUAAUGAAUUGACCUGUACGAUCGGUAUGCAAGACCUCAGUACAAGUGACAAUAAUAAGUCAAUACCAAUACUAUCCUGUCCCCCACCCUGCCUCACUGUCACUGCAGGGGAACAACUACCUGUGUGCAGGAUACGAUGUGGUCAGGGAAUGUUUGGAGUGUUUGACCAUUGGGGCUGGUUGUGAGUUGGGGAUAUUUGCCAAGGUAGAACCUGGAGAGAUGUGGGGCUCAAAGAUCAGCAGAGAGCAAGGAUUCUCAGUGAGGGCCCCUUCUGAUCCCAAGGGUUGAUGUGAAGGUUUCAAGGCAUCUGCCAAAUACAUCAGCCCCAGUGUGUUGGGUAAGGCUCUGCCCCCACUGCAGCCUCAUCAUUCCCACAUGUGGGCCUCCCUGUUGGUCCAUCUCCAGCCAUGCUGUCUCCUGAAAAGCCUGAUCCUGUUUCACUAACGUGCUCCAGGGACAUCCCCCUCUUGCCUUCCCUAUCCAGAGGUCUCCAGCUUUCCAUUGGCUGGUAGCUGUCACCUCAGAUCAUGGAUCGGGAGUCACAGAGCAACCAUUUCCAGGAAACUUCUCAAUUCCCUCUCCCGUGUAACCCACCAUACUGUCUCUUUCUGUGAAAAGUUUGCUUAACUUUCCUUCUUCCUCCUAAUUCCCUAAUUUUAUUCUACAUCUUCUGAGAUAGAAAGGGAAGAGUUUUCAAUUCACUUCUCAACGUAAGAAAUCCAAACCUGGAUCUCUCUGGUAUUUCCUCAAAGGACCAUGUUUACUUUCCUGAAGUUUUCCUUGGAGUGGAAGCUCGUGAUGUUAGAUUGACCUUUGUUGCCAGCGGUGUACCUCCUCAAAGGGCAGUGACCAUCCUCCCAUAACUAGGUACUCAGGCUUUGAAAUCUUCUGCUGGGACCCACAAUCUCUUUGGCUUCAAGGCAUAGACUUAAACCAUGGCAAGUGGAUGCCUGUCCUUCCUCUCCCAGACAUCCCUGAACCUGGGCCCAGUAACUGGAAAAUGUAACCAGAAUGAUAUCCAACAGGAUGAUAGAAGACCCAGUGGUAGUGACUGGGCUUUAAUUUGCUUGAAAAUGGAAACUUUACAGCUGAUUUAGUGGUGGUGUUUAAUAUGAUUAAGGGACUUGAUGUGUCGGCACAAUUCAGAAGGAGGCCAUUCUGCCCAUUAAGCCCAUACAAGCUAUUUGUAAGAACAAUCCAGUCAGUCCCUAUCCCCAGCUCUUCUUCCUUUGAGAACACCUUUAAUUCCUUUUUGAAAGCCGUGAUUGGAUCUACUUCAGCCACUCUCUCAGGUUGUAUACUUCAGACCAUGACCACUCACCGCGUGGAAAUAUUUCCCUCAGCUCAUCUUUGGUCCUUUUGCCAGUGACACAGAGAAACUAUUUCUCAGGAUGGACUAAAUUCAGAACAAGGGGAACACCUUGAAAUGGGAGCGGAGCCAUUUAGGGGUGAUAAUGGGAAGCCCCUCUUUGCCCAAAAUGUGGAACUCCCUCCUCCCAAAGCUCUUGUGGCUGGGAGUCAAUUGAAAAUGCCAAAACCAUAAUUGGUAGACGUCGUUAGGUAAGGGUUAUUAAGGAAUGUGGAGGAAAGCUGGGGGAGGUAGUGGUCUCCUUUUGUUCCCCUGGACAGCCUCGGGAGCAGAACAUGGCAGGCAUGGUAGAAAGCUGGGGUUUCUGUUGGAGGGGAGAGCUGCCUCAUGGUUCAGGUGAGUUAAUGGGCCUUCUGACACACAAAGCUGUUGGUUAAUCCCCGAAGGAGCAGAUAUUGGGGCACAUGGCGGGAAGUAGUGUUCCCGGAGCUGGGGACAUGGUAAGUGGCUCUGGUUCAACAAACCCCUACUGGAAAGUAUAGUGAAGGGAGGACAGGACACCAAUCAGCAAGGAUCAAAUAUCCAAGGUCACUCCAUAGAACCAUAGAACAAUACAGCCCAAUACCGGCCCUUCGGCCCAAUACAGGCCCUUCGGCUCUAGAGGAUGGUCACUGUGGCUUUGUACAUGACAGGGAAACACAAAGAAGCAUGUGAAGAAAGUGCUGAGGAAAUGACGAAAAACAUUGAUUGAUUAAAGCAAGAAAAUAUUACUGUAAAUAAUACGAGCAGCGUUGGACUGUGCACGGCAGUCUGGAAUGCAGUACUGUUCUUUGUAAAAUAAAUGAUCAUUAACCAGA